GUGACGAGACAGAUAUAUUGCUGAGCUGAAAAUGAAGAUUGGAGACUUUGAGAUGCAUCUGAAACAGAAUGUUGGGGCAACAAAAGCACCUUUGUCCAAUAUUCCCCCACGACAGCACCACCUAUUCCAACUAAACCUAUGAAUGAAUUAGCUCCUGUAGCAGCUGCUGUUGCCCCAUCACCUCCUCCACCACCAAAAUCCUCUCCAGAAAAAACCACUCCAUUUACAAAGGUCUUCUUUGGGAAGUCAUCAAAAUUGACUGGUAGAGCGAGCUAGCUACAACCAAUUGUUGAUGAGGUUAUUUCGAAGGGAAUGAGUGGUUAGCCUUGGCAUCACAGGAAUUCACAAUCACCAAUGAGCUUGCAAAAUGAUGUUCUUAGGCAAGCCAACCAAUUUUAAUUUUAAGUUCAAUAUUACAGGACCUCAUGCUCUCCAUUCUGAAGAAUUGGGAAGACUUUUGAAACAAGCAGGUGCUGAUGUUCAAAUGAGAUUUUUCUAUAAGCUGGAACUGGAACGUAGAUGACCUUUUCCAAAUUAAACAAGCUUGUAAGUUGGAACUGAAACACAGAUGGCCUUUGCUGAAUUAUAUAAGCUUGUAAUCUGACUAAAUCAAGCUGUAGUUUUACAAGUUUUUAAUUUGGAAAAGCAGAUCUUAUCCUGUAAGUAUCCAAAUUACCUCUUCAAAAUUUUAUUGUGAAGCCUAUUUGCUUUGCUGUUGUCAUUGUUUAGAACAGGGAAUCAAAUUUUGAUAUAUCAGGCUAUCUCUACAAUUCAUUUUACUUGAGCAAAAUUAUACAUUUUGAUGAUAUACUAGUAUAUCUGUCUGCUAUCUAGCUACCUCAGAAUUAAAUGAUUAUUUCCCAUUACUCCCUUCUCUUGAUUAAUAUAUAUAUUGGUUGCAUUAAAGAUUGACUAAUUUCUAUCAUUUAUUUUGCAAUUUUUUAAAUUUCUUUCCAGAUAAUAUAGAUUUCUAUAGCUUUGUGUUAUUAUUUUACUUUGAUUUCAUUUCUGCAGUGCACUUAUCCCUCUUUCUUUUUUAUGUUACAAUUGAUGCUUUCUGUGUGCCCUAAAUUCAGUUUAGCCUUUGAUUUUUCUAUUUUCCCAUUCUUUUUUAAUGUUCCCUAUUGCUUGUGCAGAGGAUAUAGCAAAAUCUUGUUAGGCCUCUAUAGGAUCCCUUUGUUUUGUGACUUGCUUUUUCCUUUUAUGUGCUAGAAGUUAUCUUCUUAUCUCACAUUUCCCAUAAUUUUAGGGACUGGUUUCCUACAAACUGUAUAACAUCCAACUUAGUUCAUGUCUUGAAUCUUCUAGCAUCUUAUUAAACCCUUUACCUUUUUCAAGUCAACUACAGGAUUAGUUAGAAGGUGAUUGAUCCUAGAUUACAAGUUCAAGCCUCCCUUUUU